GAGAUCUGACUCACCGUCCCCCUCCGGGCUUAGCCGGCGGAGGUGGGGCGGGUGCCGCAGAGGUAGCCACGCAGCCCCUGUGCGCCUCCGGCCCGGCCCAGCGACCUCCUCUCCGGCCUGCAGUUACCCGGUCCCCUCCCGCCACCACCCGCUACCCGACCACCUCCGAGUCCGCCUGGGGUGGCCGAACGUAUGGAGCUGGGCUCCAGGGUGCACAAGGAUGGGGGAUGAGGAGCGGGGCGUUCUCCCUCCCAGCACCCCCCAGCUGACUCUGUGCCCGGAGCGGGUGUGUGAGCUGGAACCUCCAGCAUUCUCGGGGAUACGAACUUCCAACGCUGGGCAGCCUCUUAAGGCUUCUAGGAAUUCGCAUCCUCCGCGCCCCCGCCAUAGGAUCGGUUGCGAGAGGGACCGUUCGGGCCCGCAGGGCCGGGAAUGGAGGUGGGAGGGCGGGGCCGAGGCGGCGGCCGCCUGCGGACUGGGGACCCGGGAGGACGGACGCGGACGCGGGCUGCUAGUCUUUUACAGCUCUUCAGCGCCCACCACUACCCACUCCUAGAAGACCCCGGGCGACGGUGGGGCUCUUGGGCAUUCUGAGACUGCGCUUGGUGGAGCCCCCUACUGGCCCGACCAGAUUUCUCAGCCUGCGACUCAGCCCCAGGCUACGCGAAAGAGGCCGGACCCGGAUCAGAAGCAGCAGUGAAGAUUCCAGGACCACAGAACGAGAAUCAACGUAAGGCAUCCAGGGAGCAGAGGUCAGAGAAGCAGAAGGCAGGAGUCCCCUCAUCCCAAGGGCUGGGCCAGCAAGCGUCAGCAGCCAGAAAUGUGUGGUGGGUGGAAGGGGCAGAGCGAAGCAGAUGGUCAGAUGGCGAGGAGUCAGCAACCAAGGGAGCAGAGAAGGGCGGACAGGAAAAAAGACCCAAGGCACCAACAGCAGCACAGCCAGGUUGCUGGCACCGAGGCAGCCGCUAGUGGAGCAUCAGCUGCCUUCAUCCUUCCUGCACCCAGAGGAAGCCAAAAUCAGAGAGCCUGGCCCUGAAGCUGGAGUGUUUGUCACUGAAAAUAGUCGACUAAGGCACUGGUGGGAGUAAACACUGCAGAGUGGAGGCUGAAUGUAGGUAGAUAACCCAUCUUGCUUGAGGUGACAAGUACUAGUUGCUUCUAGUUGCUCCCCUACCUCCACUUCCUUUAAUAAGGUGGGCUUCAUAUGAAGAAACCUGCUAGGCUGAACUGACACAGUAAGUGGGUGCUUCUCAGCCACCCUCAGAGCUUGCUCAAGCUUCCUUAGGCUGCCCUUUAUGCCACCCCCAGAGAUGUGACCCAUGUAGCCAAUGGACACUGUCUCAGAAAAAGGGAACAGGUGGACCCAUUAAGGUCUACCAACAACAGCAGACUCGGACUCUCAACAUGCCUGAGCAAGCCAGUAGACAGGCCUUUGUACCCAAGUGUGAGAUGCUACCAGAAGACACUCAUGCCAUUCAGCCAGCUCCCUGGUUCCAGCAAAGUCGUUCCAGUGUGCCUAAGAAUAGUGGAGGAGGGCCCAGUGCGUUUGCUCUAUACAUUUGCUGACUGAAACUGAGUUCCAGAACCAUUGAAAUCUCACUCUAGAUCAAGGCAGGCCCUGUAUUUGGUAAAGCUUAAGGACCUUUAUUGCAUCACUAAUUAUUCAUUCAUGUAUUCAGUAAACAUUUAUUGAGCACCUAC